CUUUACAAAUCCAUAACAAUCUUGUGUUCUUAUGCUAAGAAAAAUACAGUGCAAAUUUUGCAUCAGUAUAGCACAGUGCUACGCUACAGGAGCAGAUAUUGUAAGAAUCAUAAGAUGUUUCUAACAUCUCUCUUGGAGCUUGUGCGUUUUAGCCUUUGUGUCACUGCCGUAAGAGGAUUCUUACAAUCAGAUUCAUACACAAAUAAACAAGAAGACAGUACUGAUGAACAUGACUGGUGCUAUCAAGGCUGUGAAUACACUUCAUCUCGCUGGCAAGAACUCCCCCAGUCUCAGUGUGGGGGAGACAGGCAGUCACCCAUUAACAUUGAUACAUCUGAAGUGAUUGCUGAUUCCAGCCUUGGUGUCUUUAACUUCACCAAUUUCUCCAAUCCGGACAGCAUGAAGUAUCUCAUCAAUACUGGACACUCAGUGAAAUGUGUGCUGGAGGAGAAUACGGUGGAGAUAGAAGGAGGUGGUCUGAGCGACAAGUACUCUGCCGUACAGUUCCAUUUCCAUUCGGGGGAUCACCUGUGGCACCCAGGAUCUGAACACUUAAUCGACGAGGACAGGUACCCAAUGGAGAUGCACAUUGUUAGCCUGAAGAAAGGACUCUCAGUGGACCAAGCACUGACUGUUUCAGAGGGAAUUUCUGUCCUGGGAUUCCUUAUCAAUGUAACAGACGAAGAUGAAACACCUGAAAAAUGGAAAAAUUUGACGCCAUACCUUAUUAAUAUAACUGAAAACAACUCUACAGUUGAUAUCAAAGAUUCAAUAUCCAUUGAUGACUUGCUGGGAGAUGUGAACCUCACCAAGUUCUAUCGUUACGAAGGUUCACUGACCACCCCUCCUUGCAGUGAAGUUGUGGUAUGGACAGUUUUUCAAGACCCAAUCAAAAUCAGCAGAAAUAUGGUGGAGCUAUUCAUCAGAACUUUGAAGUCUGUUAAAGCCUAUCGACCCAAUCAAGAUCUCAAUGGUCGUAAAGUCUAUGCGUCUCCAGGAAUACUACAAUCACCAGGGCAUUCUUGGUGUUACAGUGACCACUGUGAAUACAGCCCCGCUGACUGGCAUAUGCUCCCAGGUGCUGAAUGUGAGGGAGACAGACAAUCACCCAUCAACAUUGACACGCAACAUGUGACCUAUGACGAAAGUCUCAACAACUUCACCUUCACCAAUUUUUCAGAUUUGCACACUAUGAAGUAUCUCACCAACACUGGCCACACAGUGAAAUGUGUACUGGAGGAGAAUAUGGUGGAGAUAGAAGGGGGUGGUCUGAGCCACACGUACUCCACCAUACAGUUCCAUUUCCACUGGGGCACAAUCGAUGACCAUUCCAAUGGCUCUGAACACACUGUAGACUCAAAGAGAUACCCAAUGGAGAUGCACAUUGUGAGCUCCAGAAAAGAAUUCUCUGUGGAUGAUGCAGUGAAAGACUCAGAAGGUCUUGCUGUACUGGCAUUUUUUAUUGAGGCAACCCAUGAGAAAAUGAAUCAGAAGAGCUGGGAAACUCUGACCUCAUACCUCUCCCACAUCAUAAAGAAAGAUAGCUCUGUGGAAAUGUCAAGCCACAUCUCAAUUGAUGACUUGCUGGGAGAUGUGGAUCGGUCUAAAUACUACCGCUACAACGGAUCCCUGACCACCCCUGACUGUAAUGAGGCAGUGGUGUGGACUGUGUUUAAACAGCCAAUCAAGGUUAACACAGAACUGAUGAAGGCCCUCCUCGCAACGUUGACCAUUUUCGCGGCUGCCUUGAUGCCCUUUGCACACAGCGCUAAUACAGAAAUUCCUUGGUGCUAUCAUUUAAGUUCCUGCAAUGAAAGUGUUUGGGUCUCAAAGCCAUAUGGCUCAUGCAACAGAACCCGACAGUCACCUAUAAACAUUGAGACGGCAAAGGUGAAGGAGAAUGCCAAUUUGACUGCUUUCACCUUCAAUGGCUUCAGCAAUAACAACACUAUGACGGAGAUUACAAACACUGGAGAUACAGUGAAGGUGAAUCUGGGUAAAGACCUUGUGUCAGUUUCUGGCGGGGGGCUAUCCACCAGCUAUACGGCUCUGCAGUUCCAUUUGCACUGGGGCAAUGGUACCAGCAACCCAGGGUCUGAGCACACUGUCAAUAAUAAGAGGUACCCCAUGGAGCUUCACAUAGUGACUAUUAAAUCUGAAUUCAACGGCAGCACCUCCCUGGCAACGAAAGACCCUGAAGGAGCCGCAGCUCUAGGAUUCUUUAUUGAGGAAGGAGAUGGCAGUGGACAACCUGCAGUUUGGAAAACCCUGACCAAGUAUCUGGCUAACAUCACAAAUAAGGGUGACCAUGUAAAUAUCACAGAGCAUAUCUCACUCGAUGACCUUCUGAAAGGAGUGGACCGUACAAAGUACUAUCGGUACUUGGGGUCCCUAACCACACCGAAUUGUGACGAGGUUGUGGUAUGGACUCUAUUCAAGGAUCCAAUCCGAGUGAGCAAAGAUUUGAUUGAUCUCUUCCCAAGCGUCUAUUUCAACACUUCCACCAACUCUCCUCCAAUGACCAACGUCUAUCGAAACACUGUGGAUAUCAAUAACAGAACGGUGAUGACCCAGGUUACCGUUACCUCUGCUGGAUCAAAACCUUACGGCACACUUGGCCUCCUCUCUUCCCUAGCCAUGUUUCCUCUGCUUUACAGGAAAUAGAGGGACUCAACUGUGUCAGUGCGCACACGUAUACACACACACACACACACACACACACAUAUAUACAUUCACACACAUGGACGCACGCACAUGCACCCACGCACACACACAAAACCAUUGCAGGCUUUGGGAAACAUUUGAGUGUGUCCAGUUGGCUGGAACCCUGCUCUACCUGGCAAAAAAGGUGCCCUGUUCCUGCUCCAAGCUGUGGUCGACAUGAGUGAAAAAUGACCCAAAGUGUUUAUUUUCUAUAUCUGUGUAAUUAAUAUGUUUAAUCAUUCAAUAUUACAUGAAUUCCUCAAGUAACUUGUUUUUGAUGAUUACAAGUCUUAUAUUUUGGAUAAAAACAAUUAUUACCCUUAGUUUACAUGAUCUGUGUCAAAAACGCUAAAAUGACCUAUUAAUUUCUAUAGUAUUUCAUGUAUGUCUGAGUGUUUCUUUGCUAUGUCUUUGAAAAUAAUUGACUUCAUCAUUUAAUAUUACAAAUAUUCAAUAGACACGUGGGCCAGAUUUACUAAGCCUUUUGUGACUAUUUUCAGAUGCAGAUAUGACAUGUCGUAUGCAUUAGAACCAUGCAUCUUAUGUAUCAAAGAGGCGCGCAGGGCUAGAAGCGCUGUAUGCAUGUGAUCUAUGUGAGUGACUGCGAGGUGCGCUUCUCUGCAUAUGCAUUGAAUUGAGGAUCAUGAAAAUAAUGGGUGGAGAUAUUACGAGUGUGGCUGGUUAUGUAUUGCGUUAAUUUUAUUAAAGUUCGCACAAUUAAUGAGGGUCGGUUUUUGCGGGAAAUUUCUCUGCCUCUAAAGAGCAGUUAUAAAUCAGCACGCAACUAAGGCAGAAUCACAGGUGUAGUCCUCAUAGAUGCACUGAGAGAAUCUUUACAACAAGAAUCUCAUUAUUUCAACUUCCUGAGCACAAAAUCAUCAAACGGUGCAGGUUAUUAAUAUGAAUUAUUAUUAGCAUAAAGGCAGAGUGUUUGUCAUGGGAAAUAUUGGCUAAAGUCACAGCAGUCAUGGCUAAAUUGUUAAGAAUCACAGAAAACUGAAAAAAGGCAGAAAUAACAGUGUUUAAUUAGCUGUGGCCUUAGUAAAUAAGAUAUAUAAGUAAAUUUCUGGCAGACUGCAAAAGCACCAGCAGUUCCUCAUCAGCCCACAAUUUGUGCUGCAAGUUUUUUAAUAUGUAAAUCUGGCCCAGUGUGCUUUAGAUCAUUUAAAAAAAACCUUAUUUAAAUGUUUCCUUUCUUGCUUUCUGAAUAAAAAUAUUUAGUGGGAAAA